CCAGGCUAGAGCGCGGGCUUUCCUCGUGGGACUUCGGCGAAAGGUCGCGCGCUGCACUAGCCCAAGUAGGAUAACUGCAUACGUGGAGUGUGUCUGAAAGUGUAGCCCGAUCAGCUCUCGCCUCCCAAACGGCGUCGCUGCAGCGUCUUGUGACCAGACCUGCAACAGGGAUAGUCCAGUCGACCUGAGCACUGUUCCGGGAGCGAGAGGCACACACUUUCACCACCCUCAGUGGCUCCACACCGCAGAAAGGUAGUCUAGUCAGAGUUGAGCGUUGAUUAUCGAGACGAGACGGUUUCAAACAGUUUUUGCACGCACCAGAUUAGCCGCGGCAUAUGGUUGGGAAUUGGAAAUAGCUCCCGGCGCACGAGCGCAGAUCUGUGUGUGGAGCGGUUCCGUUUCACGCCACUGAGAAACGGGGAUUAAGAGCGACAGGGAACGUGUCAGCAGCACGGACAGAACAUCCCAUCCUCAUCCCCAGAUGCCUGCCUGCCGCCAGCCCCUAGCAGCACCAGCCUCCCGGCCCCCAUGGCACUUGGCACUGAUUCCCAAGGACAGAUGGUGCCAACCCUGACCCCUCUCCUCGCCCAUGGGGGACCACACCGCCACAGAGAGACCGCCCAUUGACAGGAACAGGAAGAGGGAGCUCCGUCGCCACGGCAACUCCGAGCCCCACAUCCUCUCCAAGGGCCUCAGAUAAACACAUUCACACAGCAGGACCUCGGUGAGGUCCCUGUUUUGUUUGUCUCCGGCUAAUUUGUGCCUUUGAGAUUUCACCACCAUCAGACUUCUUCUUUAGGCGUUUCAUUCCAUGCCUGUUUAGACGGUAUGAGAAUGUGCUGAUGGACCAGGACCAGUGCAGGAGUACGACAUUAGUUUGCUGAAAGCCAGUGAAACUUCAUCCUGUCUGGGACUUCUCCUCUUUCCCUCCUGGCUGGCCUGGUCUCUCGGGCCUGGAUGAAUUAUUAAACGGACUCCACAGCCAAGCUCAGGCUCAGUGCUGCUGGGAGCUCUAUAGGCCUCUUUAAACCCUUGCUGAUUGAAGGGAUCGGAGUCACGGGGUCAUAGGUCAAACGACACUGCAAAGAGAAAAGAGGUAGAAGCAGUUUCUGCCGUUUAACUGCAGAUCAAAGCAAAACCUCUGCAACUCUCUGGCUCCCUUGACUCUCCUCUCCUCCAGACAGAAGUCAAACAACCACAAUUCUGUUUAUUCUUUACUGGACAUUAUUAUUCUAUUGAACCCAUUAAUACUUGAUCUACAGACUGAUUACCAUAUAAUGGCAGACUCCUAUAUUAAAAAAAUAAAAAAAGGGAAUAGCACUUCAACAUAAAAUUAGACACUAAUGGCUUGGUGGGAUGAAUUCAGCAGGGCCAAAUAACAGAGGAGGGAAUACGGUGUCCCUAAAGCAUAGCAGGUAAUUGGAGAAAAGCACAGCUUCUCUGUCGAGCCGACCGACAGACUGACCUUCAGGCUGAAAACUCGGAACCAAAAAGGCAUGAACUGACUGAUUUUUCAAGGCUUACGGUUAUCUCUGGGAUUUCAUCAUCAUUAUCACAGAGAACAUUUGCAUAACUGAAAUAUGCUGCACUGCACACAACUACCAUCAACAUUGUUGAGUGCAGACGUUUAGGAGAAGCCAUUGUCUGCACCUGUCUGCUAGACAAUACGGAGGAGAGACUACAGUAGAGCGCAGGGAGAGAAAACAGAGGAGCAGAUGAUAAAGGUAUCUAUCAGGCUCCAUCCUGGUCCCAUAGCUCUGAGGGUUCAGUGACGGGCUGUCCUCUCAGGCUGCAGUGGAUUACAUUAGGGAACCUGUGAUCCACAAAUAAUACCUGUAAUCCAGUGAGAAGGAGCUGUGAUCCGGAGAGAGGCCCAGUGAUCGAUCCACCAAGGGCUGCUGUGAUUCACUGCGGACUGAGAGUUUCAGAAAGAAGGAACUAUGACCCGGCACUGAGCGUACCAGUGGUCCAGGUUGCGUUCUGCAGUGCCGAGCGUGGCCGUCAGGCUGGGAGAAUCAGGAUGCCAGAGCUGGAGGACUUCCCCCCGAUGCGGGAUGACCAGCCGGCUGGUCCUGACCCGGACCAGAUCCAGCGCAGCAUACUGGACGAGCAGGUAGAGCUGUGGUGGUUCCGCGACCCGGCCAAGUCUCUGCUGUGCUACGCCGUCGCCGUCCUACUCAUCCUGGGCUGCGGCCUGGGAGGCAUACUCCUCCUCUCCACCACGACCAGCUUCUCUAGUGACUGGCGCAUGGGAGCGGGCAUGGCUCUGUGUCUCUUAGCCCUGGCCGUCCUCCUCAAACAGCUCCUGAGCUCCGCCGUGCAGGACAUGAACUGCGUCCGCAGUCGGAGGCGGAUCGAUAUCCUGAAGAGCGGAGGGCUGUCGGAUCUGUUAGUGGUUCUCAUCACAGGGCUGUGUCUGGUGGUCUGUGGGGCCGUACUGCUGAAGCUGGCACUAGGACACCACAUGCCCAAGCCCGGCGUAGCCCUUAAUGAUAUGUACAUCUCAGGGGUGGUGUUGUUAGCUGGAGGGGGGUCAGCGGUGGUGGGGGUGGGAGUGUACACGGGGGUGGUGUUCCUGUUGGAGAGGACGUGGCCGGGACAGACGUUCAGGGAUAGGGCCAUGGGGGUGUUCACUAUCUCUGGACGACACAUGGACCAGGGUAGGAGGGAGACCACCUCUAGCUUGGCUAACCUCAUCUGACCUGACCACCAAAGACAUGGCAUGGGAUCGGUAGCCCUAAACAGCAGAUGACUGCAACACUCAUGUGGCCCAGAUCUUAUCCAUAUAUGGGCACCGGGGAGGGUUGGAAUUUAUUGGUCCGCUCUGGCUUGAGAUAAGUGGGCUUAGUUGCUGGGCCCCAUUUGGUGUGAACGUGGGCCACAUCCACCUUGCUGUCUGGGAGGGACCAAUGGACAUCACAUGUGAAGAUGGAAUUUGAGCAAAGUGGCCGCCUUUGGAGCAACUAAGUAUCAAUUCAAUUUUGCAGGUCCAUGAAUUGCAAUAUGGGAUAGAGAGCUGUGUCUACACAAUAUGUUCUAUUUUACUGAUUCAAGCAUUGGCCAUCCUUGGAUAAUUACUUUUGAGAUGGAACCCCAGCAGAGCACUACUCUAUAUAAUGUGAAAUAAACAGAAUGACAGUGACACAGACACUGGUCACGGACACAGAACAAAGAUUAAGAUUCAUAAUGUGUCUAAUCUUAUAGUAUUAUCCACUACAAAGCAGUUGGUGAAAAAGCUGCUGUAUGGAAUAAUCAUAUCAUAGAACAAUGUAAACAGGUUACUGUACGAAGUGAUUUCCUGAUAAAUGUCACAUUUUGUCACCUUUUUAUGUCACAGGUUUACAGCUGUGUUGGGUAGUCAAAGGCCUUGCAACUCUACGAAGAAUCUGAGGAGAAUGCCAUUGUCGCCUGGUUGAAUGGUACAAUAUGGUUUAAUUGAACAAAGCAUCUGUGUGUUUGCGUGUGUGUCUGGCCCUCGCAACUCCUUAUCAGGCAGUACAUGUGAGCUGUCUGUCGCUCAGAGACAAUAGGGGUCACUGAGGCAGCCAUUGUUGUUGUACCGACGGCCGGCCAGGCCAAUGGACAAUGGGCAGGCUGUGGAUCGUAAGGGGUUGGCGUCGCCCAGUACGGCUUUCCCUUACCACACACACACACACAGCAGCGGCAGCGACUGUGGCUGUAAUCCCUCAUUGACAAGGGACUGUUCUCUUACCUGAAGUCUCUUUCUGUCUCUGCUGUGCAAUGCUGUGUAGGACAUGCUCUUUAGGUGGUGGUGUCAAGUAGGUUUGUGCAUUCACGACAGAGAGUGUGAGAGACGACCGCCAUGAAACAGUGAUGGGAGAGGAAGCGAGAAAGAGAAAACAGUACAAUAUAGCGACACGAGAGAAACCAGACAAGAAAGAGAGACCGAGCUAAACCCUCAGGUGCAGUCCACCUUUUAGGCCAUAGGGGGUUCAUACUCACAAACUUGUGCUUAAUGUGCUUAAACUAGCAGUUUAGACCUUUAGGUUUAAAAUGUCUAUCUGCUAGCUUUUCUCAUAGGCAAACCUGGCACAAUUGGCCAUCUGGCUACCAUGAGUCAUUUGCAUAGUGAACAAAAAUAUAAAAACGCAACGCAAUGUAAAGUGAAAUUAAAAUAAAAGAUGACCCCAAAUUUUCCAUACGCACAGAAAGCUUAUUUCUCUCAGUUUGUGCACAAAUUUGUUUACAUCCCUGUUAGUGACCAUUUCUCCAGGUGAGGCAUAUCAAGAAGCUGUUAAUUUAGCAUGAUAAUUACACAGGUGCACUUUGUAAUGGGGACAACAAAAGGCCACUCUAAAAUGUGCAGUUUUGUCACACAACACAAUGCCACUGAUGUCUCAAGUUGAGGGAGUGUGCAAUUGCCAUGCUGACUGUAGGAAUGUCAACCAGAGAAGUUGCCAGAUCAUUUAAUGUUAAUUUCUCUACCAUAAGCUGCCUUCAAUGUCGUUUUAGAGAAUAUGGCAGUAAGCCUAACUGGCCUUACAACCGCAGACCACGUGUAACCACAACAGCCCAGAACCUCCACAUCCAGCUUCUUCACCUGCGGGAUUGUCUGAGAACAGUCACCUGGGACAGCUGAUGGGUUUGCACAACCAAAGAAUUUCUGCACAAACUGUCAGAAAACGUCUCAGGGAAGCUCAUCUGCAUGCUCGUUGUCCUCACCAGGGUCUUGCAGUUCAGCGUCGUAACCGACGUCAGUGGGCAAAUGUUCACCUUCCAAUGGCUACUGGCACGCUGGAGAAGUGUGCUCUUCAUGGCUGAAUCCCAGUUUCAACUGUACUGGACAGAUGUCAUACAGUGUGUAUAUGGCGUCGUGUGGGCGAUUGGUUUGCCGAUGUCAACAUCGGGCACGGUGCCAGGAGUUUUUUCUCUCCCGGUGCUAAGGGGGGGCUUGACCAAUACGUGGGGGUGCCAAGAACAUUUUCAGGACUAUUUACAAGUGCAUUUAUUCCUGACAAUUGUGCAUUUGUAGUAAUGUUUCGGAUGAAAUGGCUAUCACAAGGUCAGAAAUGAAAUGAUUUUCAUUUUCUACCUGCACUCUUCUCUUGAUCAGAAAACAGUCCAUCGCAACGGGGCGAGAUGGGUGACUAGCGAGCUGGCUAGAAGUUAGCACACACCAGACACAAAGUCUGAACAGUGUCCCUUGGUGGGGUUAUGGUAUGGGCAAACAUAAACUACGGACAAUGAAUACAAUUGCAUUUUAUCGAUGGCAAUUUGAGUGCACAGAGAUACCGCGACGAGAUCCCGAGGUUCAUUGUCGUGCCAUUCAUACGCCGCCAUCACCUCAUGUUUCAGCAUUAUAAUGCACUGCCCCAUGUCGCAAGGAUCUGUACACAAUUCCUGGAAGCUGAAAAUGUCCCUGUUUUUCCAUGGCCUGCAUACUCACCAGACAAGUGAGCAUGUUUGGGAUGCUCUGGAUCGAUCUAUACGACAGUGUUCUCACCAAUAUCCAGCAAAUUCACACAGCCAUUGAAGAGGAGUGGGACGACAUUCCACAGGCCACAAUCAACAUCCUGAUCAACUCUAUGCGAAGGAGAUGUGUUGUGCUGCAUGAGGCAAAUGGUGGUCACACCAGAUACUGACUGAUCUUCUGAUCCACGCCCCUACUUUUUUUUAAAGGUACAGUAUCUGUGACCAACAGAUGCAUAUCUGUAUUCCCAGUAAUGUGAAAUCCAUAAAUUAGGGUCUAAUGAAUUUAUUUGAAUUGACUGAUUCCCUUAUGAACUGAAACUUUGAAAUUGUUGCAUGUUGCAUUUAUAUUUUUGUUCAGUGUAUGUUCGGUAACAAAAUAAAGAAUCUUAAAAAUGGUA